GCCGUUUUAUUUAGGAAAGAUCAUUUGCAUACAAAAAACAAAACGCCACAAACAAGUUUUCCUAGAUUUACAUCCGUUUAUUAUUAUUAAGAGAAUCACAGGAGGGGCGACGUUUCUAUAAAGAAAACGUUGACGAAUAUUGUUCCGCAAAAGGUGAUAGAAGCAUGUUCACUUCCUAUUAUUAUAGAAAAAUAUUUUCUACGGUUAAGAGUAUCAAUUCCCAAAAUCUUACAAGAAAAACAUCCUUAACUUUAAACAAUUAUCUCUCAAUGUGGCAACUCCGCCAGUCCGCAGUGCCAUCUCUUUGAUGUGAUUUGAAAUAGUUCCGUAAUUGCAUAUAGAAAUCUAUAAACAGAUAAAAUAGAACUCGGUAACUCAGUUUAUCUAUUGAGUUAUAGAUGGUAAAUCAUAACCUUAUCAAAAAUGAGGAAUGUUUUUUCUACUCCUAAAAAAUAACUUGUUUCCCUAUUUUGCGUUAAUAAAAAAUCGUUGAAAUGAGUGAUAAGUGUGCCAAGAAGAUUGAAAGGAAGCUGAACAAACUAAAGCAUGUGGUAUUCAAAGAAACGGGUAUCCAAUGUUCACAAAACCCUACAAAGAACAUUGUAAUUUGCAAUGCUGGUCUAGUAAAUGGUUUAUCAGAAGAAACAAUUUUGGAGUAUUUUUCACCAUAUGGGGCUAUAAGUAAUAUUGUCAUGCUUCCUGGAAAAUCUUGUAGUUUCUUUUCAUAUGUAAGCAUAGACAUAGCUCGUGAAGCAUUUGAAGCGACUAAUGGUAAAUUAACAGUAGCGCAGGAUAAUAAGCCAGUAUAUCUGUUGUAUUCGGAGCAAUUACCAGAAAGUACCUAUUCGACUAAAGUUUGGAACGAACUACCCCCUGGUUUGGUCAUCUUGGAAAAUUUCAUCACUGAGGAUGAAGAAAAGUUGCUGCUUUCAUUAUGUUGCUUUGAUAACACUGUUUCUAAUCGGAUGAAAAAUAGACAAGUUAGACAUUUUGGGUAUGAGUUUAGAUAUGACAAUAACAAUGUAGAUAAAGACGAGCCUUUACCUGAAAAAAUCCCAAAGGAAUGCAAUCUUUUGUGGAAUAGGCUCCAUGAAAGCACCCAAUGGAAGCAUUUCAUCCCUGACCAACUUACUGUAAACCAUUACAGCCCAGGUCAAGGGAUACCACAUCAUGUCGACACCCACAGUGCCUUCGAAGACCUAAUCAUAUCGCUAUCACUGAACUCGGCUGUAGUCAUGGAGUUUAAAAAAGAUGACAGAGAUAUUUGUGUCCAGUUACCACCUAGAUCCCUUUGUAUCAUGUCAGGCGAGAGCAGAUAUGAUUGGACACAUGGUAUCACACCUAGAAAGUCUGAUGUUAUUCUCUCAAAAAGUGGGACAUAUACUUUGUUGAAAAGAGGCGUCAGAGUUUCAUUUACAUUUAGAAAAAUAAGACGGGGCGAAUGUCGUUGUCAAUAUACAAGAACAUGUGAUUCUAUUACCAAGAACAAAUCAACCGAACUAGAAAUUUCUGCUUCUGAAGUUGAAAAAAUGCAUGUGAUAAGUGUCUAUGAAAACAUAGCUGCCCACUUUAGUGAAACUAGAAGCAAACCUUGGCCCAAUGUACUGGAAUUUGUAAAUUCUUUUGAUGCAGGAUCAGUAGUACUUGAUGUUGGCUGCGGAAAUGGGAAAUAUUUAGGCAAGAAUAAACACAUUUUUGAUGUAGGGUGUGAUACAAGUUCUGCAUUGCUAGAAGUGUGCAGAAAAAAUAGUUUUGAAGCAUUUACGACAAAUUGCCUCUAUCUUCCAUUCAAUGAUUGCACUGUAGACGGAGUGAUUAGUAUUGCCGUCAUUCACCAUCUGGCUAGUGAAGAAAGAAGACUGCAAGCUAUCAAAGAAAUGGUCAGAACUUUGAAAAUCGGAGGCAGAGCUUUGAUAUACGUUUGGGCAAAAGACCAGCAUAAAAACAACGAAAAGACUAGCUACAUCAAACAAGACAGGAAAAAUCGCAAAAAGGAUGAAGAUCUAGUGGUCGCAAAAGAAAACAAAGAAGCAUCCGUUUUAAAUGACAGUGGCAUGUCAUUACCAGUUCACGUAAAUAGGACCCAGUUCAAACACAAAGAUGUGCUGGUUCCUUGGCGACUGAAGAAAGAGAACAAAAUCGAAGAUACUUUUUUGAGAUAUUAUCAUGUUUUUGAAGAUAACGAACUUAGUAAUUUAUGCUUGAAAUUGGAUAAUGUUGAAGCUGAAAAGUAUUAUUAUGAUCAAGGGAAUUGGUGUAUUAUACUGAGGAAAACGUCAAUAAAAAUUGGAUGAAGUAA